CUGCUGACGUGUACGUGGGGAUGGGGAAGUCCUUUAGCCUUUAGCCGCUAAUCUUUCCUCUGUAAACCGAAAGAAAAACCUCCGCGACAGACUUUAAGAAUGAAAUGAUUCUGUGUCCUCGGCUCUCGCGGGUGGGUGAUAUCACUAAACACUAAAUCCCCUAAAGAAAAAACAGGUUGGUUUAAUGCUGCGUUCCUCUGACUUUUGAGCGAAGCGUUUUGUUUGCGAUGGGGAAGAGGAAGUGCCAGAUCUUUACCGGGCGCCAUUUCCACUCUACUCGGUCAAAGUGGAUCCGGGUUCAGGGCUGGUCAUAGUCGCUGGAGGCGGAGGACCAUCCAAAACUGGAAUCAAGAAUGCUGUGCAUUUCCUGGAGCUGCAGAGAGUCGGGGAGCGUGAGUUUAGUGCGACAAUGCUUCACGCUCACGACACUGAAACCAAAGCCAACAUGAACCUGGCGCUGGCUGAUGAUGUCAUCGCCACAGGACAGGACGGGAACUGCUGCCUCAUGAAAUUCAAACACGCACAGAGCAAAACAAAAACCACCGCAACUAAAGACGCGGGUAACAGCAGUCAGCAGAGCGCCCCCCGGAGGAGAGCAGGUAAAGGGAAUAAGCCUGCGCAGGACUCUGGAGACUGCACGGAGCUGAAGGACGAGACGGCUCAGAUCCAGGUGCAGGGUCUGGGUGAGGUCCAGUCCGACGAGAACCCUCAGGACCCUCUGCAGAAGGUCGUCCGGUUCAGUCCAGACCGAAGCCUGCUGCUGACCGGAGGCACUGACGGACACGUACGAGUCUGGGAGUUCCCGUCCCUAAAAAAGAAAUACGACUUCAAAGCACAUGAAGACGAGAUAGAAGACCUGGACAUCAGCCCGGGGAAUAAGCUGGUGACUGUGGGCAGAGACUUCAGCUGCAGCGUGUGGAGCGGAGACCAACUCGCCAUGAGCCUAAAGUGGCACCAGACCAGACCUGGGACCGGGGACAAGACCUACCGCUACAUGGGCUGCAGGUUUGGUGCAGUGGAGGACCAGAAGGAGGCUCUGCGGCUCUACACGGUGCAGAUCCCUCACAAACGCGACAGGAAGCCCCCGCCCUGCUUCAUCACCAAAUGGGACGGCAAGAGUUUCCUGCCCAUGCUCACUGCCCCCUGUGGCUCAGAGGUCAUCUCCACGCUCGCCGUUAGUGACUCUGGGACAUUUCUGGGUUUGGGGACAGUGACUGGAUCUGUCGCUAUUUACAUCGCCUUUUCUCUGCAGAAGCUCUAUUAUGUUCAGGAGUCUCAUGGGAUUGUGGUCACAGACUUGGCCUUCCUGCCAGACUCGCCCCGGGGCAGACAGCUGAGGGGGAACCACGAGGCGGCCAUGAUGAGUGUGGCCGUGGACAGCCGCUGCCAACUGCACACGCUCAGCAACCGCAGGUCGUGUCCGGUGUGGCUGAUGCUGGUCUCCUGUGGUCUGAUGGUCGUGAUGGUGAUCCUGCUCCUUCAGAAUCUGUUUCCCGGGUUCCUCUGAUCCUCCGUCCAACUGAAAGACUUGAAAUCCUCUUAAAUAAAACACACAUAUAUAAAAACAGUACAGACAUCUCACACCACUGGGAAAGGGAACGAUCCGCUUAAAUGGCUUGAAUUCUGGGUUUUUCGCUUAAUUUUAGUAGUUUUAGUGAAGUUGGCGUCACGUUAUAAUGACUAAACCUGAAUAAACCAUGCACAAAGACACGAGAGAAUACAUAAAUGAACAAACAGCUUAUGAAAAUGCUCCUCAACGUCAAGAUGAGUCACCUUAGAAGGCUUUGACAUCUGUUCUUGAUUCCUCCUGGACGUCCCAGCAGGAAGAUGAAGACCCAGGACACGCCGGAGGGACUAUGACCGUGUCUCAUUUCUCUUUCCUCGCUUCCUCCUCAUCGAUUCCUCUCCUCAGUCCUCCAUUUUUCACCUUUUAAUCAAGCGACAUCCCGAAGAAAACCACAGAAGGAAGGAAGGAGUGAACACGAGCGAGACUUCAGGAGGCAAACGUCGGAUAAAAGAAUCAAACUUUAUUGGUCGCAUGAGGAGUUUUUAUCCUCUCUCCUUCUUCUGUCUCCUCUGUGGGACUUCGUCAACCCAUUUCUUGCAGAAUCAAGGAGAAGGAAGCGAGGAAAGAGAAAUGAGACGCCGUGGAAGUGUCCGACCCAAGGGAAGUCCCUACUUGGACUUGAAGUUUAGGAAAUAGUUACUAAGCCUGAAUUAUUCUUAAUUCACUCUUCAUGAUCAAUUAGGUCUUUGUUCAUGGUUUAUUAAGACUUCAAAAUGCAUAUUUAUAAUAAAGUGUUACGGUUGAGUUCAAUUUAAACCUCAAAACAUAAAUUUACACAUGAAAAUAAUAAGAGAAUCAAGUGUUCUUUUAUCGUUUUUCCCGGAAUGUUCAACAAAUUUGUAUCUUUCAUUUAUUUACAGACAAAAAUACUUAGUUUUGUUGAAGUGGCGGCUUUUCUCCACGAAAAUUGCAAAGUUUAAUACCAUUUUUUUGUGGAACAUUACCGGCAAAACAACUCUGAAGAAAGGUUUUCAGACUCCACAACCUAAAAACGAAUAGUGUCCAUUUAAGAGAAAUUGACCUGGAAGCUUUUAAUAAUAAUAAACCGGUUAAAACUGUACAAAAUAUAAAAAUUUCAAUCUAAGUAAAACCACUCAACUGAAAUACUCAAAUCAAGUCAUUUUAACCGAGGCUGGAUCUUCCUUUUUUUACAGUGUCACUCUGUACUUUUAAUUUCCGCCAACUCAAAACAGACCUCAGGAUUAUGGACUGCACAUUGGACUCGUUUUAAUUUUCUGAAGUCUUAUUUUGUUUUUGUGAAAGGGGAAUGGGAUCAUGAAGAUUUUAUUGGAAUAUUUAAUGUAAAAAAUAUAUGAAUGAAUGAUCUGUCCAGUGGUUUACAAACGCCCCAGACUUUAAAAUAUUUCAAUGAUUCACAAAGCAAAAAGGGAUUUAUAAGAGUUAAAUUAGUUACGUUCAGUUCGUCCGACCGCCGAUCACUCACUCACCACAUUACGCAGGCAAGGUGGGUGAAGUGUCUUGCCCAAGGACACAACAAUAAAACGCAAAUUCAGAGCUAGGAUCAUCUCUAUAAAUUGGCUUGAAAUAAGAAAAAAAUGUGUUACUGUAUUUUCCGGACUAUAAGUUGCACCAGCCAAAAAAUGCACAAUGAAGAAGAAAAAAAAAAAAAAUGUAUAUAUAUAAGUCGCACUUUUUUGGGGAAAUGUAUAUUAGAUGUAAAAUCAGAGACCAGGAACCGACAUUUCAUCUUGAAAUGGAAGUUCUAGUAAUAACAAUAGAACAGAGAACAACAGGCUGAAUAGGCACUAAUAUGUUAACGUCACAUAUUAACAAUUAUUCAGAUAAUUAUAGCAUAAACAACAGAACAUAAGUUUACCAAACUCUCCAUCUCACUCCAAAUCACUAAAUCCAUUCAAUUCUUCAUCCUCUGUGUCACUUCUGCGCGACCUCUGGAGAUAAACCAUAGAUCCAUGAUGUAAACAGAGCGCCGCUUCCUCUUCUGUGUCGCUGUCGUCAGACUCAGCAUCAGUUCCAGUUAGAAUUAUUACGACCUUUCUGAAUCCCGACAGGAUGGUUUCGUUGUCACUAAAGUCCAGGCUUUGUCAAUUCAUCCAGUGACUUCCAGGAAAGUUUCAUGGUGCACCCUCCUGGUUACCCUCCAUCCCCACUUUCCUCCAGUCCCUCACAAGUUUCUUGCUCACUCCAAACUUUCUUUCUGCUGGUCAAUUACGGUUUUCGGCUGCAAAUUUCACUAUUUGCAGCAAGACAGAGGCUCUUUCUGCAGGAGACAUGCGCAGUAGAAUGCGAAGUGACAGUGGUACAGUAGUAAUAGCAGUACUAGAUACUGACACACAAGCCUAGAGCGCCCUCUUGUGGCUGUCAGUGUGAAUUUUAAUAUAUAAAUUGCAGGAAACACGCAAACCAUGAAAAAAAGUGCGACUUAUAGUUCGAAAAAUAUGGUAAACCUGACCAUAUCCAUUGUAAUACAUUUUCUGAUUACGAGUUCGAAGCACAGAUACAAGAUUUGAGUUGAAAAUAAAUGUUAUAGAGUCUCUCAAAAAUGCAGCUUUGUUUAGUCCUGGUUUAGACUGGCUUAAUCUUGGGUUAGUCCUAGGUUAGUCCUGGUUUAGUCCCAAGUUUAAGUGGUCCAAAGCAGGAAAAUCAGUUCGAUAUGAUUCCAAAAUGAAGUCUUAAAUUCUAAAGUUAGUGUUCAUUUCAAUAUUUAGACAUUUGCCUGGAUUUUUUUCACAUUAAGACAAUCAAGCGACACCACUGGGCCAAGUUACAAGUCAGAUCUGUGAAGAGGCUAGUCCAUUUACCCUAAGAAACUAUGAGGGCAUGAAAGCAUUAAAAAAACAGUAAUUGACUAAAUGUGUAAGAGAUCAUUUUAAAGCUGCACUAUGUAACUUUCUGGUUGUGGUUCAGGGUCUGUCAACUGCUUGUUUCUGUGGAUAUGUCACUGCUCUGUCUGGAAUGUUCCACAGUAUGACUUUAAACAGCUCUACCUUACGUUUAUUGUGGUUUUAUUGCUCAAAAAUACCUAGAAAAACAGACAUUUUGACCACAGAUCUGACUUGUAUUUUGAUCCGGUUUGGUCUCCGUGAAAAUAAAAACGUUUAAUGCCAUACUGUGAAACAUUCCAGGCAAAGCAAUAAGGUAACAUCUCCAUGGAGACAAGAAGUAGAGAAAGGUUACAGAGUUCACCUUUAAAAUGAAUUACCCAUUACUUUCCUUUUUUCAUUGUUGCACAAAUGAAGGUAUUAUGAAAACAGAAAAUCUAUUAAGAUAAAAUGACAAAACUGUACUAGUCCUGAUAUGUGAAGAGUGGAUGUGUAGAAGAAGCCCUUUUAUUUAAAUACAAUGUUUAAUAAUGAAUAAAAAAGGGUUGGAUGAAUGCAAA